AUGCAGCUUCAUCGCUCGCUUCUCCUUGUGGCCCUCCUUGUGGCGGUCGCCAUCGCCAUCCAGCCUCCUUCCAAUGAGUUCAGGAAGAAGCUGCAGGGUCCUCCCUCUGAGUUCGCUCAGCACACCAUCCCUCAGCCCGAACUGGCGGCGCUGACCAGCGACUCGGCGUGGUAUGACCUCAUGUUCACCAAGGCCGACGACGGCACCUUCGUCUGGAAGGGCGAGGUCGUGGUCGACAGCCAGGAGGAGCUCGACAUCUCCAUCUUCUCGCCCUACGAGGACAAGCUCGACAUCAUCGUCCAGCCGCCCAACGAGCUGCCCUUCUCCCUCAAGCUGGCCAUCGCCACCCGCGACCUCAUGGCCCGCCGCCACUUCGAGGGCAUCAGCGCCCCCUACGAGCUCUCCUUCACCUCUGAGACUGGUCCGUACGGUAUUGACGGUGCCUCGUACCCCGUGACCACCUACACCUUCGCGAAGCCCGCCGUCGGUGUCUGGAGCGCGCAGGUCAUCAUCAAGGCCGAGGACGUGCCGACCGAUGCCCCCGCCGCUUUGGCCAUGAUCACCAACAAGGCCUCGCUGGAGCUCUUCUCGCACCUCAACCAGUACGAGCUCGAGGUCGGCCAGGAGGUCGGUCUCAUCGCCAACCUCUUCGACCGCGCCGCCUUCGUGGAGGGUGUCCGCCCCGCCGCUGUGCUCACCGCCAGCGUGGCCCCCACCAUGGUGGUGAACUACCCCUCGGGCCGUCAGGUCAAGGUGACCAUGCACGAUGACGGCGUGCACGCCGACCUGCUCUCCAACGAUGGCGUCUUCGGCGGCGUCGUCGAGGCUCUCGAGCCCGGUCAGUACACCGCCCGCGCGGUGUUCGAGGGCACCACCGCCACCGGCGCCCGCUUCGUGAGGACCACCGAGCACUCCUUCCACGUCGUCAACCCCUACAUCUCUCUCACCGGUCUCGCCGAUGUUGAGUACAGCAAGGAGGACAAGGCCUUCUACUUCCACAUUGACGUUGACGUCUACGUAGGCUCCCCCUCCCCCUCUUCGUUCGGAUAUGUCAAUGUCUACCUGCUUGUGGCGACCCUGAUCCUGACUGCAAUCCAGGCUGCCGAGAACACCGCCGUCAAGGCCUACGCCGAGGUGUGGGGUACCGACGAGUCCGGCUACCAGUACGCGCCCGUCGCGUGGAUGGAGGCCAUGGUGGACUCCUACAAGAGCGCCGCCGGCGAGGAUGUCAUCACCCUCAUGCUCCACGAGGAUUGGGUCCACAACGCCAAGGUGUCGGCGCCCUUCCAGCUCCGCAAGGUGUGGAUCCAGGACAGGGACUGGAACGUCGUCAUGUCCGAGAGGUCGUCCAUCUUCGUGGACUGCUCCGCCAUCAAGUCCUUCAAGGUCGACCGCACCAGGAGGACCGUCCCCGUCACCGACGAGAUGCGCGUGGGUCCUCGCCCCGCCUCCAUGCGUAACAUCUCCCGCAUCCAGGGCCAGGGCACCCUGCUGCUGGUGCACGGCUACUGCGCCGGCCAGAACGAGUUCCCCCGGGACCAGUUCACCAACGCCAUCCAGUUCCAGGACUACAAGCAGGCGCGCUCCAACGACGCGUUCGCUCUCAAGAUCAGGGAGUUUGGCGAGCAGUUCGACGCCUUCUCCAUCGGUGGUCUCGCCGCCACUCACCUCCACAGCUACUACUGGUCGAAGCUCGAGAACGCCCAGGGUGGCCGCCUCAUCCAGUCCGUCGGCAGCCCCUACUACGGCUCUGGCCUCGCCGGCACCCUUGCCUCCAUCGGCAGGAUCUUUGGUCUUGGUUGCGGUCGCAACAACGAUCUGACCUACGACGGCGCGAGCAAGUGGGCCGCCGGUCUUCCCGCCGCGGCUGUGAAGGACGUGUUCUACUACACCACCCAGUACAAAGAUGCAUUCCUGUCGCGCUGGUGUGUGUUCGGUGCCAACCUGGUGCUGUACCGGCCCAACGACGGUACCACCGAGCUCAAGAAGGCCAAGCUCGCCGGUGCCACCCACGCCGGACACAAGGAGGGCUGGUGCCACACCAACGGCAUGAAGUUCCAGAACCAGUGCGCCGACCCCGAGAGGAACAAGGAGAUGAACGCCGCCGCUGCGCGCUAG